AUGCUCGGCCAUCCCAGCACCAACGCUGCUUCGCUCAUCAGCCUGAAUGCUACCUCAAAAAUGGCGUCAGAGACGGCUAAGUUCACCUUGCUUACACAAACCACUACCACGAUAUUGUUAUCCAAACAAACUCAGGCGACGCAAGCCGUGCCUCCUCUAUCCUCCAUUGCGAAGACCCUGACCCAAUACUUCUUCGGCGAAAGCAUACUCCCUUCCUACCUCCAGCCAUAUGGACAUCUACUGCUGGGUUUCACAGGAGGUGCAGCUGCAGCGACAGCUCUGUACAGCUUCUUACAACGUAACAAAGAUGACCGCAAAAAGAUUCAACUGGCCGUCUUCCAUGUCGUGCGUGUUCUGCAAAACCUUCCCAAUCUGGAAGAGCGCAUGCAGACGCCAGAGAAGCUUCUUGCUAUGAUCAGCGAAGAGGUCAACUAUAUGAUCGGUAUUCAUCUAACUCAAUCGGAGGGCGCUGCCACUAUAUCGCAGGUCAAGCGCAAGGUUGAGACAGAUUUCAAUGCACGUCUGCAGAAAGAGGAGAUUAUGAAGAAGCGGAGGAUGGACAGUGCAGCGGUCGAGGACGAAGAUGACGCACUGUUCGAUCGUCCUGGGGAGGUUGAUGUACAGGCUACUGAGGCGCAUGUUGCUGGCGACGUACUGGGGGUUGUCAUUCAGUCGCCUUCCUCUUCCAUUGAACGCAAUGGAAACACGUCUCAGGAGCUGGACUUAUCCCAUGAGGAGGACCUGGACCUGGAUAUGACCAUGCCUGAUUACGACAGUCUCGAUCAAGCCCAGAUGCCAUUUUCGUACAAAAAGCCAGUAAAUGAGCGGUCGCUACCCGCAUCACCUGGUUCCGACCAUGACUCGAACGAGUCUUCACCCGUUCUAGCUGCACGGCCUUCAAACCCAACCACUCGCCAUAGUCAUGGUGAUGCGUAUGAGAGAUAUGACACGCUCGCUUUACAGCCAUCAAGGCUUGCCUGUCCUCGUGGCAACGUCAUCUCAUAUGAGGAAGACUCAGAGCCAACUCUCCAACCAUCCAACUCCACACCUCGUCGCGACCAAGUGUCCUCAUUCGAACACACAGACACGCCGCGACCAAAGAUCGCUCGGAAGGUCAACGAUGGUUCUGGCAAAGACAAUCACAACAUCUACUCUUCUCCUGCUUUCCAAAAGAAAAACCCACCUGUUGAUGAAGCGCCUUCGAUAUGUACCACCACGAAGGAUAUUCCUGGUCGUUAUGAGAAGCCACGCGCACAAAGCCGCCCCAAGACAGCCGUGAAGCCACGAAGCACAACUUCACUCCAUCGGCCACCCAGCACGAUAGCCGUGAAGACGGAAGGCACUGUUGACGGGACUUGGCUUUUCCCCAUACGAGAAGGUCUAUCACCACAUGUGAGCCCUGCGGUGGACACCACACAGUAUCGUGUUGCAGAGAGUCGCAAGCUUCACAAGAAUCUUGAAGGAGAAAGAGAAGGCCGCCGACGCUUCAAGAAAUGGAUUCUAACGGAUGUGCCAGUGCAGGAGUCUGAUGAAGAGAAGAUCUCGAACACGGUACGUAAGGAAGAGAAGCUCGAGCAACCAGCCCGAGGCGGUGUUGAUGAGACUCUCCAGCAAGCUCUUGACUUGCACGCCACUGCGGAGGGCUUGACGAAGAGUUCUGAGCAGGAGUAUGCCCAAGAAUCCGAGGAAGAGAAAGUGGAUGUGGGUGACACUCUGCCCGGUUUUAUAUCAAUCCACUCAGAUAGCGACGAGGAUGGUGAGGGAUUCAUUGCAUCCUCUCCGCCCGGACCCGCAAACUCAUCACCAUUUCAUGAACACGUAGAACUACCGUCUAGUCCCUCUCCCUUGCCCACCACAGCUGCUUCACCAGCAUUCCGCCAAGCCUAUUUACCGCCUGUAGCCAAGUCUUCUACACCGGAUUCGGCGUCAUCACACGACUUCCCAGUACUUGCUGCUGGCUCGUCACCCAAAAGGAAAUCCCUAGAGGUAGCCCUUCGAAAGCGACCCAGCCACUCGAGGCACCGCAGACACAUGUAG